AUGCGGUCCGUUGCGCUAUGGCGGCCGUCCCUGCAGUUUUGGGGUCGUUGGUAACGAGUCUGUACGACGUGCAGGCUUUCAAGUUUGGGGAUUUCGUGCUGAAGAGCGGGCUUUCCUCCCCCGUCUACAUAGAUCUGCGGGGCAUCGUGUCUCGACCACGUCUUCUGAGUCAGGUUGCAGAACUUUUAUUUCAAACUGCCCAAAAUGCCAGGAUCAAUUUUGACACUGUCUGUGGCGUACCUUACACAGCUUUACCGUUGGCUACAGUUAUCUGUUCAACUAACCAAAUUCCAAUGCUCAUUAGAAGAAAAGAAACAAAGGAUUAUGGUAAAAUAAAGUGCAUAAGUACUAAACGUCUUGUAGAAGGAGCUAUUAAUCCAGGAGAAAACUGUUUGAUCAUUGAAGAUGUCGUUACCAGUGGAUCUAGUGUUUUGGAAACUGUGGACGUUCUUCAGAAGGAGGGCUUGAAGGUCACUGAUGUCAUAGUGCUGCUGGACAGGGAGCAAGGAGGCAAGGACACGCUGCAGGCACAUGGGAUUCGUCUCCACUCGGUGUGUACACUGUCCAAAGUGCUGGAGAUUCUUGAGCAACAGAAAAAAAUUGAUGCUGAAAUGGUCGAGAAAGUGAAGAGAUUUAUUCAGGAGAAUGUUUUUGUGGCAGCUGAUCAUAAUGGUUCUCUCCCAUCUAUAAAGAAAACGCCCAGUGAACUCAGCUUUGGUGCACGGGCAGAGUUGCCCAGGAUCCACCCAGUUGCAUCAAAGCUUCUCAGGCUUAUGCAAAAGAAGGAGACCAAUCUGUGUCUGUCUGCUGACAUUUCAGAGUCCAGAGAGCUGUUGCAGCUAGCAGAUGCUUUAGGCCCCAGCAUUUGCAUGCUUAAGACUCAUGUGGAUAUUUUGAAUGAUUUUACUCUGGAUGUGAUGAAGAAGUUAACAACUCUGGCAAAACACCAUGACUUCUUAAUAUUUGAAGACAGGAAAUUUGCAGAUAUAGGAAACACAGUAAAAAAGCAGUAUGAAGGUGGUGUCUUUAAAAUAGCUUCCUGGGCAGAUCUAGUAAAUGCUCAUGUGGUGCCAGGCUCGGGAGUUGUGAAAGGCCUGCAGGAAGUCGGGCUGCCUUUGCACCGGGGGUGCCUGCUCGUUGCAGAAAUGAGCUCCGCCGGCUCCUUGGCCACUGGGAACUACACUAAAGCAGCGGUUAGAAUGGCUGAAGAGCAUUCUGAAUUUGUGAUUGGUUUUAUUUCUGGCUCACGAGUAAGCAUGAAACCAGAAUUUCUUCACUUGACUCCAGGAGUUCAGUUAGAAGCAGGAGGUGAUAAUCUCGGCCAGCAGUACAACAGCCCACAAGAAGUUAUUGGCAAACGAGGCUCUGAUAUCAUCAUUGUAGGUCGGGGCAUACUAACAUCAGCGAAUCGUCUGGAAGCAGCUGAGAUGUACAGAAAAGCUGCCUGGGAAGCUUAUUUGAGUCGACUUGGCGUUUGAGUGUCUCAGAUGCAUUUUGCAAAGGCCGUGAAGAUCUGUUGUCUCCUGAAAUGCAUUGGCUGGAAAUAAUGAGCAGCCUUUAAUACUGUUUGGAUUCUUCCAAGGGUCCUUUGUUGGAAUGACUUCUAGAGUUACCACAGUGUUGAGGAAACACUGAGCGCUGUAAUCACUGCAUUAGUGCUGUGAUAAGUUGGUUUCGAGCAUUCUGUUAGUGAGACUGACGUUGGCCAGGCAGUCCCAGUCCAUCUGUGUUGAAGUCUUCCACAUCUGAGGAUCCCCCCAUCUCUAGAUCACACUUUUUCUUUUAGUUACUAUGACACAAAAAUUUUAGGACAUCAAAGUACAUUUCACAUGACCUCUGUUCUGUGUCUACUGUGAUGCCUAAACAAUAAUAAAAUAUUAGUUGUU